UAUCUCCAUCUUCGACUUCACAAUCUAGAUAACGCCGAACACUUACCACCACCCCCCAAUGACCUCUCGUGAAGAAAAACUUGGCUCUGAUAUCUUGCGAGUUCCUUCAUUGAGGGUAACAAUAGUGUGUUGGCUCAAAACGCUCCCUUCGGUUUCUCCCGGACUAGGCGGGCCGACCUUCUGAAUCAGGUUGCCUGUGCCACCCCAACCCCCUUCUCCUUGGAAGGUCAGAUCGCAAACCAAUCUCCCAACCCCAGCAAGUCGGCGAAAAGGCAUGGGUUGUUGGCUAUGGCAUCUAGCCCAUGGGUCAGAAUCAGAGACGCUGGCCGCGACGAGCUGGAUACAAUGCAAACAUUCCUCGACAAUAUCAGCCUCAAUUGCGAUGAUGUGCAGCGUCAGGAUCAUGGGACAUCUGAUCCUCUGAUCCUCCCUCCAACCCCCGUAACCUCGUACACCCACCCGUACACUAAUGUGAUCGUCAACCAAUUUGUGGUCGAACCCCAACAAGAGCUGUCUUUUACGUCAUCUAAAGCGGUGGUCUGGGUUACUCCCGACCCCGAGGAACCUGUUUCUGGUGGAACACAGCUCCUGGAUCUUCCCAUCGAUAUUCUUGAACUGCUUUGCCGACGCUAUCUAGACAUCUGCUCGAACACUUGUCUAGGCUUGACUUGCAAAGCCUUCUUCAACAUUACCGAACAUUUGUACCCCUUUCAAGUCAGUUUGUACACCAGAACCUUACCAACUCGGAGAUGUCUUGGGCAUCUGUUGACGCAAUGGAUGGCACCGAAGUAUAGUUUUGACCAUUCUUGGGGGAGAUUCAAGUUGAAGCGGCACUACAUCAAAGAUGAGGCUGAAAUUGAGAGGAGGUGGAAGGAGAAAGAAUCUUGGCCUAGGAUCCGUCUGACGAUGGAUGGUAUGGGAGCCGUUGUUGCAUACAGGGCGAAGCGCAAAGGAUUUGAAGAAAUGGAACACCGGCUGCCUUAUGCCAACAGGUGAUACCAAAUGGCAGCCCAAAAGGCCUUGGCGUCACCUCUUGCUUCAAGUUUGUACUAAUAUGUCUGACGCACGCUUUCUUGGGAUGUAAUGCUCUGUCUACUCCCAAAUUCUUGUCCAAGUGAAUGAGUAAUUUCUCGGCAUCUUGUGGUUAGGUUGGUUAUAUGAACGUCUCUCCAGUUCAACUCGCCAUCUCAGCUCCUUAACAUUAA